CCUGAUGGAGAACACCAGAAUGGUGCUAUCAAGGUAUGGAGAUCAAAUUCCCACCCUGAUCGAGGCCGAUCGAAAACUGGUGACGCAAUUAUUUAAUGACAGACGAACACAGGGUGAAAUAUUGGGAAUGUAUGACCCAAUUCAGAAGAAAAGUCUCGAGAUUAUAUAUAAAAUCCUACCCUGGGGAAUUAAGCUCUGUCCAGCAACAAUAAAUGCCAGUGAUCUUGACUGGAAAAAAGACCACGGUUCAUGCCUCGGCGAGGGGGAGGUAUCCAGAGUGUACAAAGGGAAGCUAAAGAAUCUUGGAAGAAAUAAAUCAGAGACUUCUGAAAUGAACGUGGCGGUAAAAGUAUUCAAGAAAAAAUUUGAUGAACCGAAUUCUAGAUACUUUCUGCAGGAAGAACUGCAGAUUAGAGAUUUGAGACAUAAAAACGUUCUCAAGUAUUUUGGAGCAGCCCGAACUAGUGAUAAUACUCUUUUAUCCAAAGACCACCAAUUUAUAUUCGUAAUGGAAGCAGCCCGACAAAACCUGCGAAGUGCCAUCUUCAAAAACCGAAUUCUGACCCCAGCGGAGUCUGAAAACUCCAAACUAGCAAUCGGCAAGUUCAUUAAGAGGGCGAUGGACAUAGCGGAUGGUUUAAACUACAUUCACGAGAGAGGACUUAUUCACAGACAUCUCAAGCUGGAAAAUAUUUUGGAAGACGAGGACGGGACAGCGAUGAUAUCAGAUAUUGGAAUUGUGGGCCAAUUUUUGGAAACAGAGAAAAACAUAACUUACCUUGCACCCGAAGUGCUUGAAGACCUCAGGAAUCGUACAAAAGCAGCAGAUGUUUACAGUUAUGGUAUUGUGUUGUGGGAAAUGUGGUAUGGCGCCCAUGCGUUCACAGAAUUUAUGCCUAUCGAAAAAGUCCAAUUCCGAGAAAAGCUGGUUGCAGGGGAUCGUCCAAAAAUAGAUAGAAACAAAAUCAACAUUAUAGGAGUGCUUCAGGUCAUGGUAGCAUGCUGGGCUACUGAGGUUGAAAACAGAUGGCCAAUGAAAGUGUGCUAUGAUGUAUUAUCGGAUUUGACAGAAUGGAGACUGGAAUGAUGAAUGUCCAAAUGCGGGGGACAUUUAAGCACAUUUUACUGAAGAACAUAUUAGCCCGCCAUCAACAUAUAUAUAUACAAGUAGAUAAGCAUAGAGGACACUGUUUUGGUAUUUUUUAUUGAUAUUAAGUGCACGCUUUAAUUGAAAUAUAAAACGCAAACUUAAUGAAGCACGAAUAGUUUACUGUCAUAAUAGUAGUUAAAAGUAGUUUUUCAAAAACACUCGCGAUGUAGCAAAU